AGCGCCACAGCCGCCUCCGCCGCCGGCCAGUACCGGGUGUGCGGCAAUUGCCGGAAGGUGCCGAGACAGGAAAAAAGAGUACAAGUCUCCCCGCCGUUGACAAGAGGACCAAGUGCCUUUAUACCAGAGAACGAAGUUAUGCAAGCAAAUGGUUUGGAUGAACGUACUAAUCUUCUUGUGGAAGAAUACUCUACGUCUGGUCGCCUGGACAACAUCACACAGGUCAUGAGUAUUCAUACUCAGUACCUGGAGUCUUUCCUCCGCAGCCAGUUCUAUAUGUUGCGCAUGGAUGGGCCCCUUCCUUUGCCCUAUAGGCACUACAUUGCUAUAAUGGCUGCAGCCAGACAUCAGUGUUCCUACCUAAUAAAUAUGCACGUUGAUGAGUUUUUGAAGACCGGCGGGAUUGCAGAGUGGUUGAACGGUUUAGAAUACAUUCCUCAAAGACUGAAAAAUCUGAAUGAAAUAAACAAACUCCUUGCACACAGGCCCUGGCUAAUCACGAAAGAGCACAUUCAGAAACUUGUCAAGACUGGGGAAAAUAAUUGGUCUCUUCCUGAACUGGUGCAUGCUGUUGUCCUGUUGGCACAUUAUCAUGCCUUGGCAAGUUUUGUAUUUGGUAGUGGCAUUAAUCCAGAGAGAGAUCCGGAUACAUCUAAUGGAGUCAGACUUAUAGCAGUCAACAACUUCUGUGUCUGUGAUCUUGCCAAUGACAACAACAUAGAAAAUGCAUCCCUCACAAGUAGCAACUUUGGGAUUGCAGAUUCUUUAAGUGAGCUGGAGGCCUUAAUGGAAAGGAUGAAGAGGCUACAAGAAGAUAAAGAGGACGACGAAGCCUCUCAGGAAGAAAUGGCAACUCGCUUUGAAAAGGAGAAGAAGGAGAGUCUGCUAGUAAUUAGUGGAGCAUUUGAUGAUGAAAUAGUUUCUACAGAUGUUUCCCGCUAUAUUGAAGAUCCUGGGUUUGGGUACAAAGACUUUGCAAGGCGAGGAGAAGACCAUCUCCCAACAUUCAGAGCUCAGGACUACACGUGGGAAAAUCAUGGCUUUUCCCUUGUAAACAGGCUUUAUUCUGAUAUUGGGCAUCUCCUCGAUGAGAAGUUUAGGAUGGUGUAUAACCUCACGUAUAACACUAUGGCAACACAUGAAGAUGUUGAUACAACUACGCUAAGAAGAGCUUUAUUUAACUAUGUCCACUGUAUGUAUGGAAUCAGGUAUGAUGACUAUGAUUAUGGAGAAGUUAAUCAGUUACUUGAACGCAGCCUGAAGGUUUACAUAAAGACAGUGACCUGCUACCCAGAGAGAACUACCAAGCGCAUGUACGAUAGUUACUGGCGUCAGUUCAAGCACUCGGAGAAGGUUCAUGUCAAUCUACUUCUAAUGGAAGCUCGUAUGCAAGCCGAACUUCUGUAUGCCCUUCGUGCCAUAACUCGUCACUUAACCUGAAGCAUUCGCUGGGCAGGAGUAAAGGAGUUUUUACUGAGUAUGUAAAGACCUUUUGAAAUAGAUACACGCCAGAAGCUGUUUGUGAUGUAGCAUCAGGUUAUUCAAUUCUCUAGUGUCAAAGUUUAGCCGUGCUUCUUGACGGCUGUAAUGUGCAAUGACGUGUUUUAUUUUCUUGAUGCUUAACAUUACUAAUGAUAACAAAAGUAACACUGAGGAGCACUACUCUGCAUAGUUUCCGGCUGGCUUUCUGUGCAGUGGUCAGGAUCCUGAAACUGUUUUUGUUAUAUCCAAUCCUAGCGCUUUGUUCUUUAAGCACUGGAGUGAAGUGCUUAGAGACUUCUUUUUCCAAGCAAUCAUUUUUCAGAUUAGUGGAGUCCAGCAGAAGAUCGUUUCUGCCUGUCCUGAGAACGUACCACCAUGUCAUGACUCGUGACAGAGACGCGCAGGCUGCGUUGCAUUGAAUUGCCCACUGGAUUCUUCUGUGUCUCCUGGAGACUGCUUGCCAGUCACUGUCUUACUACAGCAAUUGAAGGCGAUGCGAGAUGUGGAUAAAAACAUUGCGCACACUUUAAUGUGAAAUUAAUCGUGAUAAAUCCUACAGCAUGCUACUGAAGUGUGAAGUUCAUCUGCUUUGUCGUGCCCCUUCCCAAGAGAAGAGGCCUCAUGAUUUGCCAUUUCAGCCCCACUUACUGUGUUUCAAUCGUGCAUAAUCUUGUUUUACUGACAGUCACCCUCAGUUGUCCUUAGCAGUACCCAUGCUCAUCACAUGUUGCAGUUUGUUUAGUUGGCACCUAUAAAGUUAAUACACAGGCUGACCAAAAAUAGGGUUGUGGGUUUUUUUGCACUCUCUUCUUUCUCAAUGUUUUAACUAAGGAAAGUAAAGGAAG